AUGGGGAACGUGACCUCCAGAGCUCGAGAGAGCACUGGCGCACCAUCAUACGAGGUGGACAAGGGGCUGACGUCACAAGUUCUCUACGAGGUGGAACAGAUUCGGAUCCAGACAGCGAUCACUUCAGAGGCUAAGAACGAUGUCGAGCACAACCAAAUAGCAAUCUCUUCAGAGGCUAAGGACGAUGUCGAGCACAAUCAAACAGCAAUCACUUCAGAGGCUAAGGACGAUGUCGAGCACAACCAGACCAAUCAGACAGCGAUCACUUCAGAGGCUAAGAACGAUGUCGAGCACAACCAAACAGCAAUCACUCCAGAGGCCGAGAACGAUGUCGAGCACAACCAAACAGCAAUCACUUCAGAGUCUGAGAACGAGGACAAUAAGACUCAACCAGUCGACGAAGAUGAAGAUGGAGGGGACGGCGAAACACAUACAAAAGAGGUUCACUUUGAAGACGAGGAUGUGCUGAAGAUUCGUCGUCACAAGUGGACUAUUCGAAUGUUACAUGAACGUGACGAGCGCAUGAAGAAAAUCAUCGAGGAGAUGUCUGCUGGUCAACUCAAACACUUGCGCGAUCAAGACCCCGAUGACCUUGGUAUGGACUAUGCGAGACCCAAGAAGUAUCGACCGUCAACAGAUGAUAUCAUAUCAAGAAUUGCCAUAGGCUCUCGCAUGUACAAAUUCAGAGAGAAGACGAAAUUACGAGCGCUCGCUGAAGAUGAACGUGAAACGGUCAUUGAUAAAGUCGCGCAAGAUCUCAACAUUUCACGUGACGAUAUCGAAGGCAUCGUCAAAGAGUUGAUUGUCCAUCAGGAGAGGCUGGACACCACUGCAAAGAAUAUUGAAGAUUACAAGGCAGAAAAGGAAAUUUCCCACCUACUAUUGAUGAGACUUGGCUCGCUGUUCGAUUCAGAUCAGGAUUAUCAAAUCAAGUUCAAAGGUUACCAUCAAUUUCUUGAGUGGAUCUUUGUUGUUGUCCUUGUUCUGGCAGCGCCUUUCAUUUUCUGGUUGUUUCGAAAUGGAACAAGUUCAGACUUCGUCCUUGCAAGCAUCAUCGGUAUAGUUUCUUCAGUUCUGUCCAUGGUCUUGAAGACAACAUCCGAGUCUGUGCUGAUGAAAUCUAUUCGAUGCAACUUGCUGGUGAGUGUGAUGGUUCGAAUGCAGUGGGUAGUGAUGAUUAUGGACACAUUGGCGAAUGUGAGGGCAAAUGUCACUUGUAUCAAUAUCCCCUCCCUUUCGCUGUCUUUGGUUUUCAUUACUUUUCUGCAGCAGAUCAACAUUGUUGGCGGCAAAAAGCAGACCGUGAAACGAAUGACUGAGUUCAUCACUAUUUGUUGUACCAUUUACGCUGCAAUCAUUGCUCCGGUGCUGAGUUUCUUCGAGAAGUUGGCUCUUGUAAUCUACAUCAUUUCAGGAUUUGUAGACGCUCUAUCGGAUCAGAUUGCCUUUCCAUGGUCUGUGCAGGAGAUUUACCUUGUGAAAGAAGACCAAGACAAGUCACCAAAAUAUCUCUCACUUAUGGCCAGGAUUGUUGUCUGCACCAUAAUCUCACUUGUGUCUGAGAAGGUUGCAGUGCUUUCAUACAAGCCUUUGCCGUCGGAGACCGGUGUGUCCUAUGAAAUGCAAAAGAUCAAGAGAGUUGUCACUCCUGUCCUGCCUGAUGUCGCUAUCAACUGCUCCGGUAACAUAUCGCUCACCAUCACCGGAGAACCGAUCACCUUCGACCCGACCGUGCUCGCCCUGCAUGUCGCAAAGAAAGAUUUCUGCGAACUGAGCAUGAAUCUAGACUCUGCCAAGAUUUCCAGCAACUGUACCUUGUGGCCUUCUCUACCAGGAUGCGAGGGGAAAGUCAUUCCAUUUUCCGGCAUCAUCGAACAAGGUCUGGGAGCGAAGGAAAUCCGUUCAUGUCUGCAGAUCAAUCAAGAAUGCGGCUCAGAAACAAGCUGCGGCAAGAUGGGCUGCAAGAUAAAAUCGGACGAUCCUCAUCGGACGGAUUGUUCCCGCUGCUUCACAGGCUUCAAGGAUGACGUCGUAGGGUUUCUGUGGUCCGUUCCUGUCCCCUUGAGCUCUUUGGUGGCGUUCAUCGUCCUCGUUCUAACGCUCAUCAUCUCAACGUUCAGAGUCAAGUUCGAACUCCAGCGUGAGGCUCUUGCUUACGACGUCAUGCACCCGAUCAGAGACAAAGUGCUUGAGGUUGCUACAGAAUGCAAAUUUCUGAAUCACAUGAAGCUGGUGAGCUGGCAAGAAUUCUCGCGCAGCAAAGAUGAUGCUGAAAGUGCUGAGAUCGUUGUGGUCCAAUAA